UAACAUCGGCGCCUUCGCGGCCCUCCACUUGUACUGCUACUCCUCUCUCUCUCUCUCUCUCUCUGGCGUUCCUAAGGACUCUGAGGAGGACAAUGGGGAAGAAGACGAGCUGGCUCUCGACUGUGAAGAAGGUCUUCAAGCCCAAGGACUCAUCCUCUUCAUCGAAUCGCCGGAGGGAUAGGGAAGCGGAGGCGGAGGAAAACGAGACGGCGGCCGCGGACAUAGUGUCGGUAGAGCACUUCCCGGCCGAGGCGUCGUCGGAGGCGACCAACCACGACGGCGGCGGCGGGUACUGGGGAGCGGAUGAGGAUGAGGACGAUGCGGCGGAGCGGGAGCGGGAGCGGGCGAUCGCGGAGGCGAAGAAGGCCGCGGCGGCUGCAGCCGAGGCGGCGGCCAGGGUGGUGCGGCUGGGGGGCUACGACCGGCCAUCGAGGGAGGCGCGGGCGGCGGUCGUCAUCCAGGCAUUCUACCGCGGCUACUUGGCUCGCAGGGCGUUGCGGGCGCUGAGGGCGCUCGUGAAGCUGCAGGCGCUGGUGAGAGGCCACCACGUCCGGAAGCGGGCCCACGUCACCCUCCGCUGCAUGCAAUCCCUCGUCCGCGUGCAGGCCCUCGCCCGCGCCCACCGCCUCCAGCUCGCCAGCCACCGCAACCUGCUCUUCUCCCCCUCCCCCACCACCGCCCCCGCCUACCAUGACCCCUGCCACCUCCGCCACCUGGAGCGAGGAGCAGCACCGCGGGAUCGCCUCCAAGACUUGUACUUCAUGAAAGGAGGCGACGUCGGCGACGAAGUGGACGGGGGAGGCCAGCGUCUCAGCGAGUGGGACGGGCGACAGCAGAGCUCGGAUUCCAUCACGGUCAACUCCCAGCGCAAGCUCGGUGCCGCUUACGAUUACGCUUAUCAGCUGCCGAAGCAUGAGAAGGGACAGUGGGGCUGGAACUGGCUGGAGAGGUGGAUGGGCGCCCAGCAGUGGGGGGCCCAGCAUGGCGCACCCCCGCCGCAGCCAGUGAGCUCCUACGUCACGGCCACCGCCAUGGACGGCUUGUCGGAGAAGACGGUCGAGAUGGAUACCGGAAGAAGAAGCCCAGUCAACCCCACGCACUAUUCCUAUCAUCUCAGAGAUGAACCGGCUCAGCCGGCGGCGGUUCCGAGCUACAUGGCGGCCACGCAGUCGGCCAGGGCCAAGGUUCGAGCCCAGGUUCCGGUAGCCAAACCUCACGAGCCGAAGCGGAAUGCCGCCACCAGGAGAUCUCGAGGGAGGUCGGAUAACGCUGCCGACUCGUCGAGCUCCGGCGGAGGGACGUCUACGACAAUUAAUCCGGCCGCCCGAAGCCCCAGCCACAUGGGCGUGGCCCUUGGCAUGCAGACAAGGCGGCACAGGGCGUACAGCCCUGAUUCGAGCUGCGGCGGGCACGACCGCACGCCUUCGUCCGGUGGUCGGGGAAGGCUGACUGCUGUAAACGACUGAGGGCCAAAUGCGUACAGGAGCAGAGGAAGAACACCGCAGCAACUCUUUGCAUAUCACUACGGCUGGAUUGUGUGUAUCUUGAAACCGUGCUUUGUAUAUUUCGAAUAAGAGGGUGUGUCGUGGCUUAACGAUGACGAAUAAAUGCAGUGACUGAUGAUCGAGAUCGAGUGUGUCGUUUACCUCAGCAAUUAAGACAUUUGGGGGCUCUCUUUUGGUUUGCA